CGAAAGAGUGUGAAGACUCAACGUGCUUACCAGGCCGAGUUGACCGAGCGAAAGUAGUUACACGUACGCACGCACGCACACACUGACUCGGUGACUCACUCGUUGGAUGGAUACUAUUUAAGUUAAAACCGCUCCACUCGCCUCUUCUACUCUCCAUCUUCAUCCUUUUCUUCUUUGACCGUUUCUAGAAAGAGAAAGUUUGUUAGAGGGAGAAAGUGCGGUGGUGCGGUUCGCGAGCGAGAAGAGAGAGAAAGCUCUUCUCUGAACGGUUUCUAGAGGGAGAAAGUUUCAUUGAGAGAGAAAGUGAUGGCCGGAGUUAAUCCGAAUGGCGUAGCUGAUUUUCCGGCGGUUUCGACGCACGGCGGACAGUUCAUUCAAUACAACAUAUUCGGCAACCUCUUCGAGGUUACGGCGAAGUACCGUCCUCCAAUCAUGCCUAUUGGACGCGGCGCGUAUGGAAUCGUUUGCUCGCUGUUGAAUACGGAGACGAAUGAGCUGGUGGCUGUUAAGAAGAUAGCGAACGCUUUCGACAAUCACAUGGACGCUAAGCGAACGCUCCGUGAGAUUAAGCUUCUUAAACAUCUGGAUCAUGAAAAUGUAAUUGGUUUGAGAGAUGUUAUUCCUCCACCAUUGCGUAGAGAGUUUAAUGAUGUCUACAUAGCCAUGGAACUCAUGGACACUGAUCUUCAUCAUAUCAUUCGCUCUAAUCAAAGUUUGUCGGAGGAGCACUGCCAAUACUUUUUGUAUCAGAUUCUUCGUGGGCUAAAGUACAUACAUUCUGCAAACAUAAUCCAUAGAGAUUUAAAACCGAGCAACCUGUUGCUGAAUUCUAAUUGUGACUUGAAGAUUAUUGACUUUGGUCUUGCCCGACCAACUAUGGAAAGUGACUUCAUGACAGAAUACGUAGUCACAAGAUGGUACAGGGCUCCCGAAUUGUUGUUGAACUCCUCAGAUUACACCUCUGCGAUAGAUGUUUGGUCUGUUGGUUGCAUCUUCAUGGAGCUUAUGAAUAAAAAGCCUCUCUUCCCAGGCAAAGACCAUGUGCAUCAGAUGCGCCUAUUGACAGAGCUUCUUGGUACCCCAACUGAUGCUGACCUUGGGUUGGUGAAAAAUGAAGACGCAAGAAGAUAUAUUAGACAGCUUCCUCAAUAUCCUCGCCAACCUUUAGCUCAGGUCUUCCCCCAUGUUCAUCCCGCAGCCAUUGAUCUUAUUGAUAAAAUGUUGACAAUUGAUCCCACCAAAAGAAUUACAGUUGAAGAAGCGCUUGCCCAUCCAUACCUUGAAAAACUGCAUGAUGUAGCUGAUGAACCAAUCUGCAUGGAGCCAUUCUCAUUUGAGUUUGAGCAACAGCCAUUGGAUGAAGAGCAAAUAAAAGAGAUGAUAUACAGGGAAGCAUUAGCACUCAAUCCUGAGCAUGCAUAAAGCAGAAAGACUCAAGGACUUGUAAGUUGUAUCUUUAGAAGGAAAAAUAAAAAAAUUCGUAAUUUUUUCAUCACUAAGUUCGCUUCUUACAAGCAGGAAAGUAUCAAGUUGAAUGAAAAUUCAACCUUGUUCCCAACCAAGCUCCUUAGGUAUUUUAUUCAAUCUGUGUGACUAGUUAGGUUCAACCACGUUUUGGUGAGUGCCCUUUUGUUGUAAAGUGUCAUGCAACGAUAUUAAGCUCCACAAAUUUUUUUAACCCUGAUGGGUUAUUAUUAUUAUUAUUAUUUUUAUUUUCUUUUGGGCUUGGGUAACUCAUCAUGUAUCCUGCCUAAGUUAUUUGCAUUGUAACUUCUUGUAUCUUAAUUUUAUCUAUUUUCUGCUAUAUUAUAUGUAUAGUGGAUUUGAAUUCAGUGAGCAAACCCUUUAGAGUAGUUCCUGUAAUGGUUCAGAAAAUUGAAUGGAUGAAACUUCGUCUGA